CCGGGGCGGUGGCGGCAGGCGCUGAGCCGGCGGUGCGCGGAGCGGGCGAUAGAGACGGGCGGCGCGAGCCCGCACCCUUCCGCGCGGCGCGCCGCGACACCAUGGAGCCCGCCGUGUCGCUGGCCGUGUGCGCGCUGCUCUUUCUGCUCUGGGUGCGAGUGAAGGGGUUGGAGUUCGUUCUCAUCCACCAGCGCUGGGUGUUCGUGUGCCUCUUCCUGCUGCCGCUCUCGCUCAUCUUCGAUAUCUACUACUACGUGCGCGCCUGGGUGGUGUUCAAGCUGAGCAGUGCGCCGCGCCUGCACGAGCAGCGCGUGCGGGACAUCCAGAAACAGGUCCGGGAAUGGAAGGAACAGGGAAGUAAGACCUUCAUGUGCACGGGGCGUCCGGGCUGGCUCACUGUCUCACUGCGAGUUGGAAAGUACAAGAAGACCCAUAAGAACAUCAUGAUCAACCUGAUGGACAUUCUGGAGGUGGACACCAAGAAACAGAUUGUGCGAGUGGAGCCCUUGGUGUCUAUGGGUCAGGUGACCGCUUUGCUGAACUCCAUUGGCUGGACCCUGCCUGUGUUGCCUGAGCUCGAUGACCUCACAGUGGGGGGCCUGAUCAUGGGCACAGGCAUCGAGUCAUCGUCCCACAAGUAUGGCCUGUUCCAACACAUUUGCACUGCCUAUGAGCUGAUCCUGGCAGACGGCAGCUUUGUGCGCUGCACACCGUCUGAAAACUCAGACCUGUUCUAUGCCGUACCCUGGUCCUGUGGGACCCUGGGCUUCCUGGUGGCUGCCGAGAUCCGGAUCAUCCCGGCCAAGAAGUAUGUCAAGCUGCGAUUUGAGCCAGUGCGCGGCCUGGAGACCAUCUGUGAAAAGUUCACCCAAGAGUCCCAGCGGCCGGAGAACCACUUCGUGGAAGGGUUGCUGUACUCCCUGGAUGAGGCUGUCAUCAUGACGGGGGUCAUGACAGAUGACGUCGAGCCCAGCAAGCUGAAUAGCAUUGGCAGUUACUACAAGCCGUGGUUCUUCAAGCAUGUGGAGAACUACCUGAAGACAAACCGGGAGGGCCUUGAAUACAUUCCCCUGAGACACUACUACCACCGACACACGCGCAGCAUCUUCUGGGAGCUCCAGGAUAUCAUCCCUUUCGGCAACAACCCCAUCUUCCGCUACCUCUUUGGCUGGAUGGUCCCUCCCAAGAUCUCCCUCCUGAAGCUGACCCAGGGCGAGACGCUGCGCAAGCUGUACGAACAGCACCAUGUGGUGCAGGACAUGCUGGUGCCCAUGAAGUGCAUGUCACAGGCCCUGCAUACCUUCCAGAAUGACAUCCACGUCUACCCCAUCUGGCUGUGCCCGUUCAUCCUGCCCAGCCAGCCAGGACUAGUGCAUCCCAAGGGAGAUGAAGCAGAGCUCUACGUGGACAUCGGGGCGUACGGGGAGCCGCGUGUGAAGCACUUCGAGGCCAGGUCCUGCAUGAGGCAGCUGGAGAAGUUUGUGCGGAGUGUGCACGGGUUCCAGAUGUUAUAUGCCGAUUGCUAUAUGAACCGCGAGGAGUUCUGGGAGAUGUUCGAUGGCUCCUUGUACCACAAGCUGCGCAAGCAGCUGGGCUGCCAGGACGCCUUCCCUGAGGUGUACGACAAGAUCUGCAAGGCAGCGAGGCACUGAGCAGGGCGUCUGGGGAGCCAGAUGCAUGCACUUGCUCUCCCUCGCUCGCUCCAGCUUCUCUGCUUUCCCAGAUCUCAGAAAAGAAACCCCUCCACAUCCCCGAGGCAGCCCGGUGGUCUCCAGGUCAGCUCGGGCAAGUGGAAGCACGUGGGAUUUGGAGUCAGACAGACCUAAGUCCCAGGCCCAGAUUAGCCACUCGUGUUAGCUGUGUGACUGACUCUGGGCUAGUCACCUGGCCCCUGUGUGCCCCGUGUUCAUCUGUGAAGGGAAGGUAAAAAUACCUACCUGCUGGAUGUCACCCCACACUAAGGGCUUCCACCACUGCUUCCAUGCAACCUCACGCCUGGCUUGCUUUGGAUUCAACAGCUGAGUCCAGACAGGCUCCCCACAGGUCACCUGUGCGUGGGUUUGGCCGGCACCGUGAAGGGGGUGCCUUGGAGUUUCACCUGCAUAGCUUGCAUCAGCCCUAAGAGGCCUUCCACUUGGCCUCGGGGGUGGGGCAGGGGGGCAUCUGAUUGGCAGGCAGGCCCAGGAUGUGCUGUGCCAGAGCCAGGUCUACUCCAAAGUCCUCUCUGCCAUCUUCGGACCAUCUUGCCCCUACUUCUGUGUGCUCGGACUGCCCUGGCCAUCACUGAGCCCACUCAGGACUGCUCCUGGAAGACAUCUCAAGAUGGGAAGCCUGACCUUCCUGGGCUUUUCUUUCUUGACUCCCACCAUCCAGGCCUCCUCUAGAGUCCACUGAAUCACAAUGGGGGCACAUGCUCAUGACUGUGUCACAUAGGGGCGGUCCCCACACUGAGUGAGAAAGGGGUGUCUGCCCUGUUGCUACUGUGAGGACCUUCCCUGGGGUUGGAAAGAAAGCAUCCAGGGUCGCUCAUACCCCCUCCCCCCAUUUUGUUCCCCCUUCCCCGGCUCUAGUUAAUUUCAGUGCCUUACAAAUCCUAAGCUCAGAGAAAGUUAACUCCAUUUCCGUUCCCAAGGGAGGGGCCUCCGAGGUCCUUCUGCCUUGUUAAUGAAGCGCGGUUGGUUGUACAGCCCCCACCUUCAGAACUGCCUGGCCCAGCUGGAAACCCAGAGUCUGAGGGGGAAUCCGGUUCUGGAAGGAAAGCCAGAACUCCAGAGCUGAGCUGGUCACAGUCACCCCUCCCCCACCACUCCUGCCCCUCCAGAAACUGCAGUUUUCUCACCCGUCACUCAGAACAGAGCUCCUGAAGCCUGUCUGUCUUAAGACGUUGGGAAGGCCUCAUGUUAGAAGCCCGGGGGAGCUUAAAUGAUCCAGGUGGUGGUUAGGGACCGUCCAUCAGUGGUCCUUCCCUUCACCGCCAGGACCCUUAGAGUCAUAUUUUAACUGAAGGAUGCUCACUGAUGUGGCUGAGGGCUUGGGAUACUGCACAGUGCUACUGUGUCCUGUAAAAGCUGGUGCACGCAGGGCUGUGGGAAGGCAGAAUCACCUCAUCCAUUUGGCCUGUGAAGGAAAUAACCUCACUUUGCUGUCUGAGCAGCAUGUAUUCCUGGCACGGGCUCUCCUAGUGGUCCGUGUGCAUCCUUGCACACGCUCGCUCGAAGACUGAUGACCCUGCUUGCUGCAGAUGAAUGGUCAACUCGAGCUAGGUUAGUUAGUGUGAUGUAUAAGGUGCCAUCAUUCCUCAAGUCAAGCCUCCAUCCCAAAGCACCCAGGGCUGUGGCGGUGAUGCCAACAACCUGUGCCACCCAAAAUAAUCAAAAUCCAGCCCUCCACAGACACUCCCCAGGACCUGGGGAGGGAAGGGAUUUUGAGUUACAUUAGCCUCAGGUUAGUGUUUGGCUCCAGUAAUAUCUUGCCCUAAAAGUGGUCGUCUUCCAAGCAUGGUGUUCGGGGUCCCAGCCUUGUCUUAUCGGCUGUCCUGUCAGUGUCCAACCACACAGUGGCUUGGUGGAGUCACUUAGCUGCUAUGGGACAGCGCGUGUGGCAAGU